ACACAUCAGUUUAUUUAAAUUUCAUUUCACACUUUUAUUGUAUUUUUGAAUAAAUUUUAUUUUCCUUAAUUUAUAUAUUUUUAAUAAUUAUCCUUUAUAAACUAUGUUUCAAGUUUAAUUUCACAACACAACCAUUAAUUUACUUUUUUAUUAAAAACGCAAAGUUUACCUUUUAUAAUUUUAAAUUUAUCAUUUUUAAAUUAGUAUUCUUAUGACAGUCUUUGGUUAUCGUUUUUUAUCCAGGAUUCCCAGUUCUUUAAUAUUUAGGCACGCCCCUCCCAUAGCACAUCAUACUCCACCUUCUUUACAUGUCAGAUGUUUUGCUUCACUCCCACCUAUUCAUAACUUGCCUCCACCUCCGCCUCGUGAAUACAACCCUGAUGGAACUCCACGGAAGUAUAGAAAUGUAAAACCCAUUUACAACCACAAGUAUAACUGGGAACACUGGACUCUUAGACCCGCGGGAGUCUUCCACACAGUUCUCGUUGGUGAAUUCGGAAGACAGCACAGAGCCUGGGUUGCCUGGCUUCUUCAGUUCCCCACCCACAUCGCAGCCUUGCCUUGCAUAUUUAUUGUAUUCGUUGCGGCCUUUUUGAUACAAAACGCGUUCUUAAUUGGAAUCAAGCCUAAGCGUUACACUAUUGAGUGGAUAAACGCAGAGAAGGAGCGUGCUCUGGCUGAGAACACUAAUCCCGUGACUAGGUACUUGGAGCGUCGUAGAAGUGAGCGUGGAACCAACUGGGCUCUUAAAAACUACAUGCCCAGUCACCCUUACUUUUUAUUUCUGGGUGACUACUACCACGACCCAGACUCCGAAGACUCCUCAGACUAAUCUAAUAUAAUAAACACCCAUA